GUGGUUUGGGAGAAAGACAUCCACAAGUGUCUCACCAACUGAGGGGCUGGGUGGAGAAAGAGGGGAACCAGUCCAUCCCCUCACACCCGGGAAUGUGACAGUUGGGGGGGGUUACUGGUGUGGGAGCGGAAUGAAAUGGGGAACCUCACCCACAGUCUGUUUGGAACAACCACCCUCUGGUAGUUGUUAACUCACUGGGAUAUUUAACAAUUUAAAAAGUAAUUUUUCUUCCUCCUCUUGUAUUGCAGAUUCCCGUUUGGGGAAGAUUGUGAGUGAAACUGAAUAUUUCAGCCUCAGACGAUGAACACAUUUGUUGCUCUCGGUCUGCUGCUCACAGUCACAGAUGCCAUUGUCUUGACGAGAUGUGAAGUUGCCAACAUUUUCUACAAUAAUGGACUCAAUGGAUAUUUAGGAUAUGAACUGGGUCACUGGAUGUGUGUAGCCUUUUAUGAGAGUCAAUACAACACCUCGGCACGAAACGUCAUGGAGUCGAUAAAUGACAAUCUUGAAGCAACAAAGUUUGGGAUGUUUCAAAUCAGUAAUUCCAAGUGGUGUUCAGAUCCAGACUAUCCAGAAAGUCCAAAUGUGUGUGAAAUACAAUGUGAAGAUUUAAUAACCGACAGUGGUGACUACAGAGUCAACAUUGGCUGUGCUGCAACAAUGGUGUUCUUUCUCGGAAUGAAGGCCUGGGACAGCUGGAUCAAGAACUGCAACAGGACAUCAUUUGAUGACUACUAUGAAAAUUGUGAUAUAGAUUUUAAUUAAUAAUCAGAUCUGGAUCUGAAGUCUUCAUCAAAAUCUGGCCGCUUUGACACCUUUCAGCCUGGAAUCAUUUCUGUUUCUCGACUGUAUGUUGCUCACGUGUUUUGGAAUGCAAUAAAGAAAGGCUUCUGCCACAGAUGAUCAAAA